UAGCAGAAGCGGCGGGCCGGUUAGUUGGGUAACUAAGCUCGCUGAAGUAAAGCCUGUCAAAAUCAAGUGGCAGAGCGCAGCCCAGUAGUUCUCGUUUGCCAGUAAGGAGCGUAAGCCGAGCAGUGGCUUCGACACCGUCCCGAUUCGCCACGGAUUCGUGUCGUGUCCGAUCCCUGUCAACGAUCUCUAUCGAGACGGAGUAGAGCAUGACGAGGAAACAAACGUUGAUCGUGAAGCUUAAGAGAUCCACCACCGGCAGACCCUGGGGAAUACGUAUCGCCGGAGGCGCUGAUUUGGGCACGCCGAUCGUCGUCACCCGCUCGGAGAACGAGGCGCUCCAGAGGGGUGAUGUGAUCAAGAAAAUCGACGAUUACGACGUGCGAGACGUGAGGCAUGUAGACGCCCAGAAACUCCUUCAAACCUCUGACUCUAUAAAGCUUGUAAUCGAAAGGUCUGAGCAGUCGAGUGCAUCUCGUAUCAACAUUACCACGUCACCUCCGAUUAUCAAGCCGAGCAUUGGCAACAGGGCUGCGGUCACUAGUCUAGCUAAACCGCCGAAGACACCGGAAUUGCCGAAGAGCCCCGUGCCGCCGCCCUGCUACGACGAAUUCAGUCGGUCCGUGACUCCGUCGGAAACGUUUGUUCUGCCGCACGAACAUCUCGACGAGGUUCGCGAGGAGCGAAUCCAUUUGUCGCAGCCGUACCGCACGACUCCUCUGGUCUUGCCGGGUGCUAAGGUCAAGAAGGAUGCUCCGCUCGGAGAGUGUUACCUGCGCCAUCAUCCGAAUCCGAUGAUCAGGGCGGCGCCUCAUCAUUACGAACCGGCUCAUCCCGAGGUUGCUAUGAAGCAAAAGGUGGCGGAAUCGGUACUUCAACGUGUCUUGGGACCGAACGAAGUUCCAAAGGUAGUCCACAAGCAAUUCAACUCACCGAUCGGCCUCUACUCCGAGCAGAAUAUCGCGGACACUAUUAAGUGCCAAGCAUCCGCCAUACCCAUUUUCAUAGACUUUUCCUUCGUGAAACAGAGACAAGAAAUACAGGAGCAAGCGAGAAUCUUGAAGGAGCAGGCCGCGGCCGCCUCCUCGAAGAACGUGUGGCCGCAAUUCAAUAAGCCGAAUUAAUUUUCUUUCCAAUUAGUUCGAGACGUUUUUAUUUAUUUAGCUGCUUUCUCGCGCGUUCUUCCAAAAUUCGAAUUCGCCUCGCCGCCGUUGACAGCGUCGAUUAUCGUCUGUUGCAAAUUUUGUCCAUCCGAUUUCUGUUGUCUGCCGUUUGUAGAUUUGUUACCUAGGAUCUUGAAGUGUCCGCUCCGGUUCGCGUGGCGGUCACGAAGUAACGUUGACGGGACCGGCAAGGAUAUCUUAGAGAGAAAACGAACCCCGCUGAAGUUUGUAAAAUAACAGUCUGAUUUACUACUGCAUGCUGUAGAAUAGAGGAUAAUUCAAUUAAUUCAAUAAUCGAUUAAUCGUAGUAAACUUUCACGUGGAGAUCGGUAGAUUUUACUAAUUUCGAUGCUUACGUAGAUCGCGUGAAACCCGAGGAUUACGGACCGUGGUUUCAACGAUAAUUUGUGUUUUGUGUUUUUCGAACGAAAAAAAACCGGAUUGUUCACGAUAUAUUUAUUGUCCGUGGAGAAAUCUGAAAAAAAGAGUUAGUGUCAUGCGGGAUGUAAUGCUCGGGAGAAAUUAGAUAGAGGGCUACCGGAUGCAGUCCGAGAACUCGCUCUAGAACCGACGAUUUGGCGAUGUAACACCCUGUGGCUGCCGCUAACCGAUUUCACAGAAUCAUUAGACACUAAAACCAUCAACAACAAAAAAUAGCACAAAAAGUAAAUGAAUUAAAAGUAGCACGUGUGUACACAUGCGAUACAACG